GCGGGCUGCAGUUGAGGAGGAGAAACUUCUGCGCACUUCUUUGGGUCCGUUCUGCGCGCGCGAGGGAGAAAGAAGUAAACACGCGCUCCAAGCCACUCUGCGGUCUUCACGCAACUGGCACUGCGGGAUGUAAUAUUACCAGGAGGAUUUAUGUAACCUCUUCUAAAAAAAUCGAUGGACAAAUGUGAAGAAGGCAGUCCGGUCUGCGGACUCCCCUCCUUCGAGGUGUGGUCUAUUUCCAAGAGCGUUCAAAACUAGGAGGCGCGCGAUGUUGAGCGUGCGAAGGUAUUCAGCAGAGGAGCGCGAGAGACCGGCCUGGUGUACCAGGCAAGAGCGGUUCAGCGCAACGCGCUCAGGGAGAACGAUAUCCACCUGCAGUCCCUGUGUCUAGUAAAGUCAGUGUAAGAUCAGUGCUGAGAAUGGGUGCUGCAAAGGGUAAGGGUACUUUAGAUGGUGGAUGGGGAUGGAUGAUUGUGAUGUCCUCCUUCAUGGCCCAGUUCCUGUCUUUUGGAUCACCACAGUCUGUCGGCGUGUUGUACCCCAUGUGGCUUAGUGCCUUCCAGGAAGGUAAAGGCAUGACGGCCUGGGUCGGAUCGAUGGUGUCUGGGGUGGCGCUCAUCACCAGUCCAGUGUGCAGUGCUUGUGUGGAUAAUUUCGGGGCACGGCCGGUAAUGGUCUUCAGUGGUGUCAUGGUGGCCGGUGGUCUGAUGCUGAGUGCUUUUGCCCCAAACGUCUCUUUCCUCAUCUUCUCCUAUGGCAUCGUUGUUGGGAUAGGCUGUGGACUUGUCUACGCUGCCACAUUGACCAUAACCUGCCACUACUUUGACAAGAGGCGUGGCCUCGCUUUGGGCAUCGUUACCACAGGUACAAGUGUGGGCGGCUUCAUUUACGCCACAGUGCAGAAUGAGCUCAUUGAGUUGUUUGGAUUGGAGGGCUGCUUGCUUAUCAUCGGAGCGCUGGCGCUCAACCUGAUGGUAUGUGCUGGGCCAAUGCGAUCUUUGAACUUACCUGGUUACUACCUGAAACAGAGAGCAGCUCUACAGCGCACUGAGGAACCACUUUACACCAAACCUACUGCCAUUACCAUCGACUCUGGUGGCCUCAAAACCAUGCCUGACUCGUCCAAUAACUCAGCUGCAGUGAAGAUGCUGAUCACCAUGGAAACCAAUGAGAUGCAAGAAAGUGAAUGGGAGAGGAAAGAUAGGGUGUUGUCCUGUUCAAUAGUAGCACGAGCAAUUAAAAAGUGGUUGCAUCCUUAUUGUCAGUACAUGUGCAAGAAUGUAGAGCUACUACAGGACCGUGUCUUCAUGGCUUUCUGCAUCGCCAUCUUCCUGUUCAGUUUAGGAGCAUUCCCACCUGUGCUCUUCAUGGAGGACGUGGCCCAGAGCGAGGGCCUUAUUGAUGGGAUUGCACUCAUACCCCUUGUAUCCAUUGUUGCCAUGACAACAGGCAUUGGUAAGCUGGUGUUGGGCUUGUUGGCAGACAUGCAAUGGGUGAAUAGUCUGUACCUGUAUGCCCUGACACUGAUGGGCACAGGUGUGGCUCUGCUGCUCAUCCCUGUGUCUAAGAGCUACCUGGGUCUGCAAGUACUGUCGGCCGUGGUUGGAUUUUUCUCAGGGAACUGGUCACUCACGUCCUACAUCACUACCAAGAUUGUGGGCAUCGAGCGACUCAGUCAGGCUCAUGGCAUUCUCAUGUGCUUUGGAGGGUUUGGAAUCAUGCUCGGGCCACCUAUUGUAGGUUGGCUCUUUGACUGUUCUCAAUCAUACAACCUGGCCUUCUACUUCAGUGGCACUUGUGUUGUAGUGGCUGGUUUGUUUCUGUUCUUUGCCACAAUGCCUUGCUGGAACAGGACAACAGAGGGGGGAAAUUCAGUUGCAGUGGAGAAUGUCAACAGUUCACAUCGACAGUACACUCCUGACUGUGACAAAGUAGCCUCUGUGGCUUGAACAGCAUUUCACCAGUCUAAACUUGACUUUGACCACUUACCAUGGCCUUAUCAUUCUUCUAUCUCAUUUUUGAGGUUUUUAUAUCAGUAGUAGAGUAUGUUUGCUAAUAGUAAAUUGAGUAGAUUGUUUACUUGACACUGAUCCUUUUUUAGCUGGUCUCAUUCACUUUUUGCGUGAACUUUACUCUCUGAAAUGUAUGGCCUCAGUGUGUCCAAUGUGUACAUGGAAAUCACCAACCUUUGAAAAUACACAUUAAUUUCCAUUAAUAAGAACAUAUUUCUGACUGCAGAGAAUCCUAGAAUGUGUGAAUACUUUCACUGCACUUGCCAUGGAUAAAAUCCAGAUCCAAAGAUUUCUGGGAAUGGUGACAGACUUGAAACAAGGAGGAAAUGCACUUUAAUGCACUUAUGCCUGUGACUGCACCCCCACCCCACCCCCACCCCCCACCCUUUUUUUUGUCACCUCUUUUUUUCAUUUGCAACUGUCUCCUUCACUUCAUUGCCUUUUUCCAACCAUCAUACCAAAGUAUCAAGUGAAUGGAUAUUUUUUCCUUGUUUCCUUCCACAAGCAAAUUCUUUUACUUUGUAAAGAAGAAGGCCUUUCUUUAAACCUGAAAUUAUAAUUGUUUUCUUUAAAUUUGAAGGCAAACCUCAGCAUGUUCUGUAUCUUUCAGCUAAUCAUUGAUUAGCCAAUCAAUAAGAGAUACAAGAAUAUGCUGAAGAAGAAUGUCAGAAAAAAGAAAAACUGGAGGACAGAGUUGGGUUCUGUGAUUGCAGUGUCCAAUACUGUGUUUGUGUGCUUGUUUGUGUGUGCCUUGUAAUACAAAAUCACAACAGUUUUUUUUUUUUUUAACAGGCUGGUACCUGACAACACUAAAUCUUUUAUUAUUGUAUUUUUGAAA